GAGAGAGAGAGAGGUGGGGAGAGAGAGUGAAAGAGUGUUGAAUGUUGAUGUUAGAAAAUUGUUGAAAAAAGAGAGGGACAAAGAGUGAGAGUGAGAAAGAAAGAAAUUGCUGAAUGUAUCAAAGUAACGAAGAUAUUGGAAAGAGAAUAAAGAAAGUUAAAGAAAGUUAAAGAAAGACAUAGAAUAAGAGAGAAAGAAAAGAAAAUUGUCGAAUUUAUUAAAGUAAGAAAGAUAUUGAAAAGAGAAUAAAGAGAGUUAGAGAGGGAGAAAAGAGGGGAAAGAAAGAAAGAGAGAGAAUGAGCCACGCUCAACAACAUGUGCUUGCGAGCGCCAUAGUCCUCGCUCUGAUAGUGGUUUUUGGCAUUCACGUCUUCCUCUUUCCCAUGUACACCUCCAGUCCGGCGUCCAGGCAUACGAAAAUAUCGUCAUACGAGCAAGCAUUAUGUCGGACCAAUUUAAAAAGUGUCCGAGUACCACCAGAAUGGAGGAACCCUUGUCCAAAAUAUGGAAUCGUCACAGCUGUUCAAGGUGGUCGACUCGGUAAUCAAAUUUGGGAAUACGCUUCGGUAUGGGCAACUGCUAGGAGGACUGGUCUAGAACCGUUUAUGCCUCGUUGCAUAUUAAAAACACUCGAGGAACAUUUCGAGAACCUCAGUAUACCACCUUUGAGUUAUAUCGGAAGAUGUACUCUCGACGUUGGCCAAGUGGUCAAUUCACUUGGUCAAUGGAACAGUACAGAACAAAACAUCAUCAUACCGAGGCACGCAGCAUACUGGUCUUUGAUUCUUGUCUGGCUGGACGAUGUACGUCGUGAAUUUACAUUCAAACCAAGCUUAAGAGCAAACGCCGAAACGGUACUACGUGAUGUCGCAGAAACAUUCAAUCUGUCUCAGCCAACUUACGUGAGCGUACAUGUUAGAAGGACAGAUUACGUCGAUUAUCUAUGGCAAAAACUAAAAGUUAGACCAGCACCAAUCAGUUAUUACUUCGCAGCUAUGGACUAUUUCGUUGGUAAAUAUGAUAAGGUCGUAUUCAUUGUUACAAGCGACAAUAUAGACUGGUGCAAACACAAUCUACGUAGCAAACGUCACAAAAUGAGUUUCGUCUCAGAAGCCGAUGGUAGAGGACCAGGUAAGGAUCUUGCAGUCUUGUCCAUAUGUAAUCACAGUAUCAUAGACUACGGCACGUACGGCUCGUUUGGAGCUAUUUUAGCCGCUGGUGAAACAGUCGUCUACAACGUAACGACGUACUUUUCUACCUUGAUCGCUGAGGUUUUACCCAAGUGGAGGAUAAUGAGUUGAAGCAAAGAAAAUAGAUAGAUCGUGAAAGAAAAGGAUACAACAGAUUGAUUGAUUGAUUGAUUGGUUGCUUGGUUGGUUGAUUGAUUGAUUGAUUGAUUGAUUGAUUGAUUGAUUGAUUGAUUCAUU